GUUUGUCCAGUUUUGUUCCGCACAGGUUGCCAUGUUAGUUGAUAUUCCGGAAAUCAGGCAGGGGAAAGCUAGCGGUGCUUUUCCCUCUGCCUUUAGCUUUCCUGGGUAGUUCUGCCUGUUAACUACAAAGGCACCAGCCAAAGAUCUCUUCUGACAUCACACCACAUACGACUAAAUUUGCUGCAUCGAGGUUUCAAUGGCAUGGACCUGAUGAAGUCCAAGCAGGUGGCAAAGUGAUGGACUAAGGACUGGCAGUCACAGAGGUGCUUGCGCGUGGAAUGUUGCGCUGGUCGGUGCACCUUGAAGGAGGGCCGCGGAGAGUCAACCAUGCUGCUGUGGCCGUGGGUCACAAGGUGUACUCCUUUGGAGGCUACUGCUCCGGGGAGGACUAUGAGACACUUCGGCAAAUUGAUGUGCAUGUUUUCAAUACAGUGUCGCUGCGUUGGACAAAAUUGCCUCCAGUGAAGACCGUCGGGCACGAGCGUGCCCGCGAGGUGCCAUAUAUGCGCUAUGGCCACACAGCUGUGCUGCUGGAAGAUACCAUCUUCCUCUGGGGCGGGCGUAACGACACAGAGGGGGCCUGCAAUGUGCUGUAUGCCUUUGAUGUCAAUACACACAGGUGGUACACGCCCAAGAUUUCAGGGACCGUUCCAGGAGCUAGAGACGGCCACUCCGCCUGUGUCUUGGGAAAGUCCAUGUAUAUAUUUGGAGGUUAUGAGCAGCUGGCUGACUGCUUCUCCAAUGAUAUUCACAAGCUGGAUACCACCACCAUGGUUUGGUCAUUGAUAAAUGCCAAAGGUUCUCCAGCUCGAUGGAGAGACUUCCACUCAGCCACCAUCAUAGGGACAAAGAUGUUUGUUUUUGGAGGGAGGGCAGACCGUUUUGGUCCUUUCCACUCCAACAAUGAGAUUUACUGCAACAAGAUCAAAGUGUUCGACACAGAGACCAACUGCUGGCUGAGUACCCCCACAACACAGCCCUCUCCAGAAGGACGCAGGAGUCAUUCAGCCUUUUGCUACAAAGGGGAGCUCUACAUUUUUGGAGGAUACAACGCCCGUCUGGACCGGCACUUCAACGAUCUCUGGAAAUUCAAUCCAGAGGCCUUCAUGUGGAAAAAAAUAGAGCCAAAAGGAAAGGGUCCAUGCUCACGAAGGAGACAGUGUUGUUGUAUGGUUGGAGAUCGAAUCAUCCUGUUUGGAGGAACCAGCCCCUGUCCAGAGCAAGGAAUGGGAGAUGAAUUUAACCUCAUGGAUCAUUCAGACUUGUAUAUUUUAGAUUUCUGCCCUAAUUUGAAGACGUUAUGCAAAAUAGCUGUUAUUCAGUACAGUCUGGAGCAGUCAGGACUCCCACAUGAUAUCAGGUGGGAGCUGGCAGCCAUGACGACCAACAGCAACAUCAGCAGACCCAUCUUCUCCUCACAUGGGUGACAAAGUCAAAGCAGGUCUGUUUCAGGACUGUUUUUAGGCAAACGAACUUUAAGAGACUGUCUGUCAUUAUUCUGGAUCUCAUCGAAACUUCUCGCUGACCAAGCAUCCAACACAAGGUGGUUUCUAUCAUCUAAACUGCUCUUUAUAGCCUCUAUGGAGAUCCAAUCAGCCUAUGAUAAUCAGAGACUUUUCAUUCUGGGUCAAAGAAAAGGCAAGAAGUGAAGCCAAAGCUCUCCAGAGCUGAACUCUGUGAAGAGAAUCAUCGAGAUGUCAACCUCCAUGAGAAGACUGUUGUCCACCUUCUGCUGCAGACACGUUGCAGGUCUUACCCCAUCCCUAAAACCUCCCAGAACCUCAGUGUGAGGGAUUCAUCCCAACAUGAAAGACGCCCCGCUGCUCUGGAGUUUUUGACGGUGAUUUGUAAAUCACCCGAGUUGAGCUGUCUGCCUUGUAAAGAAUCAAGGCCAUCUACCUCCCUGGAGCACGCAUCACCGGAUCUUCAACACCUCCCACAUAUUUGACACCCGCCAUGUUUUGAACACCACGAGAUGGUCCCUCUGAGAUGCUGCAGAACGUUGCAGCUUCAUCACUUUGUCACGCUGCAAGUUUCACUUUCAGUGCCAAAUAUAGCAAAUGUGGAGGAGAGUCUGAAGUGUGAACGUACUCUGCUAUGUCCAAGUUUAGCUCCUUUUGUUUGAAAGUCCAUCUCAUGAAAUCGUUUUUUAAUAGACAAUCCCACAGCUCACAGAGAGCCUGUUUACUGGCUGAUGGAUUGAAGUUCCAAGAAAACUUACCCUGAAGAUUUUCUUAAGGGCUGGUGUCUCAUAAAACCCCAACGGGUUCAAAACGUGGAUGUUUUUUCAGGUAAAGAUGCUGUUAACAAACCCAAAUAAAACCAACUAAAUGUACUUGGUGGCUCUCAGCCACAGGGCAGUGUUGUAUUUUGUAGAAAUUGUGACUCUCAGUACUUUGCACUCGAGGCUUUGAUUGAUCUCCCCCGGAGAUUCUGGAUGCAGUAAGAUGAAAGUUUAAGUUUUUUUGUUGCUUUGAUCCUUCUGGCCUUAGAUGAGAGCAGACCUGAACCUAAAACAAAAGCCGCUUCAGAGCAGUCCACUCAGACGCUCUCUGGGAUUCUAACCACACACUCGUGAACUUGGUCUGCUGUCGCUUUUGUUCUCGGGGACCAAAUGUCCUUCCACUCUCUAGAAAAGCCGCCGGGACUCCUCCCAAACGUCAGGAUCUCAGCACUGAUCGAUGUUUACUAAACAGAAGGAGAGGAAGUGAUGCGUUCAUGCAGGGUGCUGAUAACUGCAGCACAUCCGGCCUUACAAACGGAUCAGACAUGCUGCUUUUGCCUCAGUAGAAUCCAGAUUUGACCACCAGAACCCGGUGUGGGUUUCAUUUAAGGGCCAGUGAGGAGUUUAGUAUUUAAUUUCCAGAAAAAAAGGGUAACUGUGUAGAGAACAAACGGGUGAUGGCAAAUCUUUGAUGAAAUGUUUCCAGUGCUUGGACUUUAGUUUUCUCCUGGCAGAGAGAGUGUUUAGCAGAAAGUAGAUAUUUAAAAAAGUUUCCCACUCUUCUUGAAACUCUCCUUGAAUUUGCUGUUCAAUCUGGGGGAGAAUUAUUGAUCCCCUGAUCAGUUUCUGCAGCUUCAUGUUGAAAAUCAACAUAAAAAAGGCAGAAACAUUGUGUUACAAACAUCAUUUAAUGCAGACAAAUGCAUUUAUUUCUUUGGGAAACAUUAAUUCUUUUCUGGUUUUAUUUUUAAAGGUGUUUACGCUACUGAUGACAUCAUUUAAAGGGGGUUCUGUUGAAUAAAGUUGGUCCGGACUUUUCUGUGCAAUAUUCUUUUUAUGCUGUAUCAAUAAUAAACCUGCGACAUCUUAA